AACGCGUCGACUCGUUGAUAUAAAUUUCUUGUGUCAAUCACAUUAUGCAAAUUCUACUUUGUUCGCAAAACAAUAAAAGUUAUUUCUGUAAAAUAACGUGAAUUACACGCGCCGUAACAGUAAAUGUCAAGGAUGACCGGAAAGGGAGACGUAAGAAAGAAGAAAAAAAGAGUGAGACCUAUGAAAGUCGCUGCUCUAGUCGUCUCUGCUAUACAGGACUUACGGGAAACCAAAGGAUCUACAUCGAAACAAAUCACGGGAUACAUUAGUUACGCCUCGAGCUUGCCUGAACAACGCGUCAAACGGCAAGUGAAUGCGGCUUUGAAACGAGGUGUGAAGUACGGUAUUCUGCGAAGAUACCGCGGUCGUUAUUUUCUUCCAACUGGCGACGAAUUGGAUCGCGCGAAUCGUAUCGCCAUGCGAUUCGCGAGAUUGUCGAUGCCCUCGCCGCUUCUCGCGAAGAUCAAUUCUGUCAGAGUAAAGGACCGUAAGAGGCUUCGACGAAUUGUUAACGGAAAGCGAAAUAGCAAAAAAGUUUCGAAAACGCACCACAGCCCUUCCGUCUCAGUCAAUCCGAAUUUGGUGGAUAAACUUGUCAAUGACGUCGUGGUUGUGUGACAAAGUGAAAUUAUUUACUAUCUUGCGAGAAAGAAAGAGGAUGUUUUCGCGAGACAUGCCGUACGUGUUCCUGUUCUUUGUACACAGUCAUGUGUGUUUAUUCGCGCGAACAACUAUUAUUUAUUAUCCAUCAAACAAAAUGUAGAAUUGAUUUAAUUAUUAAUAAACGUUUG